AUGGACAACGCCGCCAAAAAGCGUAGAGUUCCCCACUCGGAGGAGGUGAUUAAACGUUGCUUGGAUGCAAUAAGCAAUGGAACGCCAAUUAAAACAGCUUGUCGACUGCACGGCAUUCCCAGGUCCACUAUCAAGUUCCGGUUGAGCAAACACUAUAAACAUCAACCGCGACCUGGACCAGCACCGGCACUAAACCAAGCGGACGAACUUGAGCUUGUUGCAUGGAUAAAGAAAAUGGCCCGAAAAGGAUACCCUGUUACUAAAUACCGCAUCAUGAAUCGGGUGACCCUCUACUUAGAAGAGCAUCCGGAAAGAAAUCGUUUCCAAAAAGGAAAACCAAGUUAUCAAUGGUUUCGUCGUUUUUUGAACCGUUACCGGUCUGAACUUUCUGUUCGAAAGCCGGAGAGUGUCACGAAAGCUAGUGCGAACGUAACCGAGUCCGACAUUAGAAAGUGGUUUAAAGAGGUUUUAGGAAUUCUUCGCGAAGAGAAGGUAGCCGACAUUCUUUCCGAUCCAAGAAGAAUUCUUAACGGUGACGAAGCCUGCUUCUACUUGGAUCCAAUGAUCAACAAAGUGAUUGCUAGGAAAGGUGAGCGAAACGUGUAUAAAGUUGAUCAGGGACCGGCGAAGAAAAAUAUCACGGUGAUGUUUACUUGCUCUGCUGAUGGUGUAGUGUUUCCCCCAAUGAUAGUGUUGCCGUACAAAAAAAUUCCUAUGGAAGUUACGAAGAGCGUGCCCGCUGAAUGGGGAUUGGGCAAGACGGACAACGGAUGGAUGAAUAAAGAAUGUUUCUUAAAGUACAUCAAACAUAUCUUGCAUCCUCAGCUAGUUAAAGCAAACUUGCUUCCGGUUAUUUAUUUUGUUGAUGGACACUCUUCGCACACACCAUGGGAAACAGCAGAAGAAUGA